AUGUCGAACGGACUAGACACCGAGACACUCGGCGCCGUCUUUGCCUCGAGACCCGACAUCCUGCAAGAUAUCCGAAAGGCUGCCGAUUCGCCAGCCCGCAUAAAGCUCUUCAACAACAUUGCCAGCUUCAUUCAAGAGCAGACUGGCGGCUCAGCCUCAGAACCAUCACUCAAGCGCCGACGAGUCGAUAUCGAACCCAGCAAGAAUAGCCCUGCGCCCAAUGGUGCUUCGACUAGCUCCGAGCCCGUCGACGUCGCAAGCGAGAAGACCCUAUUAGAGAUCAAGGACAUCUCGGUCUCGAUCCCGCAACGUAAAAAAUUCGACUUGUGUUUCACGGCGCAGCACAUAUAUGCGAGAGCGCCGAAUACGACCGCCCCCUUACAAGGCAUCACAUACGCCUGGAAAGACAUCGAGCACGCCUUCUACCUCCCCGUGCCCGAGAAGGCGCAGGUUCAAUUCAACUACAUCCUUCUUCCGCGCGGCUCUGCGCUCUCCGCGCUGUCCAAGAACGCCGCACCAGCCGAGGCCGAGCCUCUCGUCUUCACCAUCCCGGCCAGCGCCCCCAAACCUGGAUCAAUCGGUGGCCCGAAUGCGGCCGCCGCAUCUGCGGUGGCAGACACCUACAGCACACUGUUCCACUGGGCCAUCAAUAAGUGCCUGCAGGCAGCGUCCCAGAAUGUGCAGAUUACCGCCGCCGACCCUGCCAAGUUUCACAGCGUCAUCCGGCAGGCACACCGGCCCAAGGACAAGGCUGUCCACGUCGCAGCUCACAGAGGGUCUAAGGAUGGCUACCUGUUUUUCCUCGAGAACGGCAUCCUGUGGGGCUUCAAGAAGCCGCUGUUGUUCAUACCUAUAGAUCGCAUUACGGCAAUCAGCUACACGAGCGUGCUACAGCGGACGUUCAACAUGGUGGUAGAGGUGUUCACGAACGAGGGGGGCGACGCCGAGGCUACGGAGGAGGUUGAGUUCUCCAUGCUGGACCAGGAGGAUUACGGAGGGAUCAACGAAAACUACGUGAUGCGGAAGGGUCUCCAGGAUAGAAGUCUGGCAGACCAGCGCAAAGCCAAGAAGGAGCUGGCCGAGAACGCCAAGGGCAAGAAGGGCGAUGCGGCGAACGGAGAUGCGAACGGAGAUGCUGAGGAUGACGGCCUCACCGAGUUGCAGCGUGCCGAACAGCAGCUCGAGGACGAGGAAGACGAAGACGAAGAGGAUUACGAUCCCGGUUCCGAGGGAGAAAGCGAAGGCUCUGGCUCAGAUUCGGAUGACGAUGAUGACGAUGACGACGAAGAAGAUGAAGAUGGGGCAGGCGAUGAGGAAAUGGACGACGAUGAGGCCGCCGAUGGUGAACCUGGCGAGGAGGGCGAGGAAUAA